AUGGCUUUCGAUGGCAUCCUUGAAGAUCUGACGGAGCUUCUCAACCACAUUGUCACGGGGUUUGUAGCCAAGAUACUCCUCCCCACUGCGAGGGCCAUCCGAGAUCGCAAACCUGACAAAGUCCUCAGCUGUGUUCACCUUGCCUGGAAGCUUCCGCUCGAAUGGGACCUCGGCGUCGAUGAGGAUGCCCUCCUCGCCCAUAGUGGAUCGGAACAUGGCCUCCAGAGCCUUGCACAGUGCGGGGUCGGCGUCGCGUGCAAAGACCAUGAGGUCAAUGUCGGACAGGAGAGCGUUAUUGCGGAGCGCGGAGGAGCCGUAGAUAACGGCGAUGUAGUCCUUGUCGCCGAAAAUGGCGCGGAGCCCACUGUCGAGCUUCAACUCCAAGCUCUGCAGGCGGUUUGA